AUGGAUGACGAACCAGAAUUAGAUGAAGAUGAUAUUGAUGCGUUGUGUGUGAUUGAACAGGUGGAAGAAGGCUCACAACAACGCUAUUUAUUACGUGGAUUGUCACUUAUUGAAUUGAAUCAAUCGCAAAUUAUUGACUUCGUUCGAAUCAUUGGCAAAAAGGUUCCAUUUUGUAGAGGAUAUUCAUGA